AUUAUUCAGGAAUGUUUGGGAAGGAAUUUUUAUGGAAUGUCACACGGAUCUCGUGCGCGUCUUGGCGCGCGUCCCUUUCACCCAAUUGGUCACCGCGAGAUCUCCUCGAGCGCGUCACGGAGCGUUUAAAGCCCCUCGCGAGCGCGCUUUCGCCCUCCAUUCAUUCAUUCAUUCAUUCAUUCAGCUGCCUGGCGAUGGUGUAGGAGUGACAGGCGGCAUGGCGGGGGUCACCGUCACUUCCAGCUGCCGCGACUGUUCCGCGUCCAAUUCCACUGCAAGCUCCGCGCAUCUGCGCCUCGACGAGGACGACGAACUUCUGAAAUACAUCUGGAGUGAAUACUUGCAUCCAAAGCAAUACGAGUGGGUCUUGAUAGUAGGAUACAUCAUUGUUUUCCUGUGCUCGCUGGUCGGAAACACAUUAGUUUGUUUUGCAGUAUGGAAAAACCAUCAUAUGCGCACAGUGACCAACUACUUCAUUGUGAACCUGUCCUUUGCUGAUAUCCUGGUCACCAUUACUUGCCUUCCUGCCAGUCUUGUAGUGGACAUCACAGAAACAUGGUUCUUUGGAGAUACGCUCUGUCGGAUCUUACCUUAUUUACAGACAAUCUCUGUGUCUGUGUCCGUGCUGACCCUCAGUUGCAUUGCCCAGGACCGAUGGUAUGCUAUCUGCCACCCUCUGAAGUUCAAGAGCACCGCCAAACGGGCCCGCAGGAGCAUCAUCCUGAUCUGGUUGGUGUCCUGCGUGAUCAUGAUUCCCCAGGCUAUUGUCAUGGAGUGUAACAGCCUCCUGCCUGAGCUGCUGCCUGAGCUCACCAACAAAACAGUUCUCUUUACUGUGUGUGACGAACACUGGGGAGAUGAGAUCUACCCCAAGGUCUACCACACCUGCUUCUUUAUUGUUACCUAUUUUGCCCCUUUGUGCCUGAUGGUCCUGGCAUACAUCCAGAUCUGUCAGAAACUCUGGUAUCAGCAGAUUCCAGGGACCUCAUCAGUGGUGCAGAGAAAGUGGAAAUCCCUGCAGUGUUCAGCUCAGACUGCAGGCCCUGGUGAGUCGGUCAAGGUCAGGACCAGUGCGGUGUCGGCUGAGAUCAAGCAAAUGAAAUCUCGGCGGAAAACGGCGCGCAUGCUGAUGGUGGUGCUCUUCGUCUUUGCCAUCUGUUAUCUGCCUAUUAGCAUCCUUAAUAUCAUGAAAAGAGUGUUUGGUGCUUUCAAGAAUACAAACAACAGAGAAACAGUGUAUGCCUGGUUCACCUUUUCCCACUGGCUUAUAUACGCUAACAGCGCGGCCAAUCCCAUCAUCUACAAUUUCCUCAGUGGUAAAUUUCGAGAGGAGUUCAAAGCAGCCUUUACCUGCCACUGUACAGGUCGAUGGGAAAAGAAGGAGAGGGUGAGGACCAAGAUGAGCACUGACAGCCACAAAUCCCUGUCCACACAAGUGAGUCAUUUCGACAAUGUCUCACGGAUCUCGGACCAGGUCAUGUAGCCCUGAUCUGCGAGGGUUAAUCUUCACAGCAUGCCACUUCACAACUGAUUUAUAGGAAAACGCAAAGACAGGGAGAUCUCAAAGGCUCAGACUUACACGAUUGAUAUGCACUGAAGGCUUUGACGAAGGCAUAUUUGCUUCAGAGUAUCACCCACAUAAAGGGAAAAUGACAUUCUGCCUCAAAUAAGAGCACAAGAACCACUGAAAUUACAUAUCCUUUUUCUUCCAAAGAUUGUUUAUCUCCAUGAUUAUGAUGCCUUUCAGACAGAAAGCACAGGGCAAUCUGGUGAUGGAGUCAUACUUUACACAUGCCAUUUUAUUCACAUCUCAUGAAGACAUUACCUUGCUAAAAAAAGCAAUAGUGUAUAUUUGAUAUUUUACAGUAUAACAUGCUUUAUAGUGCCAUGACUAUAUUGUUGAUAAUUUGCAAAAAUAUACCAUAAAACAGUCAGAAAUCUCACCAGUGAUUUAUAAUAAUUUAUAUCCUUGAUAGUGUUUUUAAAUUGCCACAAAUAAAUUCAUAAAAUAACAUCAGAAUUCCAUUUUAUUUCAGUGAGAUAAAAAUUGCUCUCUGCAUUGUGUGCAUUUGUUUAAUUUGAGAUUGCACUGGGACUGUUUUUAAGUCUUUGCACAAGCUUGUAUUAUUCGUCACUCUGCCUCGUAUGCUUGUCAUGUGAAAGAUAUUUGCUCCAGAUAAUAACUAUUUGCCAAGUUGCACAUGUAGGGAUCAGAGGGCAAUCAGAGAAAAGCUAGUGGCAGAUUCAAACAUCUUUGUUCUGCUUUGGUAGGCCUCUUAAAUAUGAAUGCUUUUAAAAGCAGGGCAUAGAAUUGCUUUUGUAAUAGUGCUUUGUUGUUGGCCUUUCUUUCAUGUGCUUGUUGAGUUCUUGCUGUUAUCUUUAAUGUAAAUGCACUCCUGUUGAACAACAACAGUAGCAAAAAAAAAAAAAAUGCAUACAUGUCAUUACUGCUCAUUUUUUAGCUGGUUUAAAUGUUUGAAUUUAAUUGGUGGUGUGUUGCUUUAAAUGCUUGUGGUGGAAAAUAAAUUGUUAAUAUUGGCAUCAAUGUAUAUCUACAUUUGUUUAUAUAGUUUAUUAUAUUUCAAAGGUCAUAUAAAGGUGCAAAAAUAAUUUUAUUUCUAUCUGAUGUAAAAGUAAUUCUACUUCUAUCUGAUGUUUUUUCUGUAUCCACAAAUAUACCCCCUGUGCAUACACAUUACAGAUUUUAUAUCAGAUAUAAUUGGUUGCAAAGUGGUUUGAUUAAAAUGUGCUUUCAAUA